AUGGCAAGUCGCCAAUUUACCAAAGAGGAUUUUGCCAAGUGGAACACCACAACAUCUGUGUUCCAUGUGCCCAAACGGUUGGUAGGUAAGGGGAAAAUUCCUCAGCUAAGGGCUGAUUUUGUAAAGGCAAUUGGAGCGGACAGGGUUUCGGCAGUUCAGAUCUUGCCAAACCAUAAGGUUCGCGUACAAUUUAAGUCCCCCUCCAUACGUGUCAGGUAUGAUAUUAAUGGCCUGUCGUUUAGAGGGGUAACUCUAACGCCAUUUCCCGCAUACGAGGAGGUCAAGUCAGUUUUUGUAGAUCGUGCUCUUCUUCAAAUGGGGGACAAUUAUCUUUUUGAGGCAUUGGCGCCAUAUGGUCGAGUGAUUUCUGUCCAACAUCUGACGGUGUGUGGUUUUCCAACCAUUAAAACCGGCACUCGAAUGGUGUCAAUGUCGGUACAUACGUCUAUACUGGCGGAAUUAAAGGUUGCUGGAUUUACUCUGGCCUUUAGAUAUAGGGGUCAACUUCCAACUUGUUACGUAUGCCAGGAGGUGGGGCAUACGGCAAAGGAGUGCCCCAAAUUGUGAAAGGCCGCACGUAAGCAACCUGUCCGCAAGCAGACUGGUGCACAGUCUGCUAAUAGUAAUAUAAACAAACCCUCACAGCAGCAUGAUGUGCCUCCUUCAACAUCACAGGAGUCACCUGCUUCCUCAAAGCCACCUGCUGACCUGAGGGACAAACUAAAUAAGGCUAGAGCACACCAGUGCUAAAAGAGGUCCAAGUUGCAUUUGAGAAAUCACUGUGUGAUUUACGGGAUAAGUUGAUCACCCAUCGCAACGCUACUCCCUUGGCCCCUUCCACUCAGGGCUUUGACCUAGAUUUGUCUGUUCGACUGCCCAAGACAGCUCCAUCAUCGUCUUCAAUGGUGACUGACUUUGGUUGUAAAGUCACGGCAAAGCCAGGCAAACAGUUGGAAGUUGUUGUUUCCAACCCGGCUGCUGCUGGCCGUAAACAGGACAAAUCUAGGCAUGUCUCCUCUAGUAGUGAGGAGAGUGAUGAUAGUUUGGCAGAGAUGUCAGUUACCCCAAAGCCUCGUUCAAAGCGUGUUAAGCGUAGUGAAAAAUCUCAAAAACAAUUGGGAAAUAAGGCGGUGGGGCCUAGUAAGAACAAUGCUGAUGUCGCUUCUUUAGGCCAAACUCCUAUCACAGAGGAUUGUCUUGACGGAUCCACGGUAAUCGAUCCAAUAGCACCCCUAGAUGGUGAGGAGAUGGAGGCCCAGUCUGCGCCUGUGCCACAAUUGCCGACUGUCUCAUCUUCAGUGUCUGGUGCUGACAAUCCAAAAAAUUUUGUAGCCGAAUCCACUGAGGAUUCGGUGAGUCCUAGCGAUCCGCACUGUCACUUGUGUCCCCCUCAGGACAUUCCUUUGUCAGAGGAGGUGACAAUGGAAGAGGCCAAUUCGAACUGCGGUCCUCUUACAGACGAUGAUAUGUUAUUUGAUUUCGAAUCAUGUCAAAGUGGGUCCGAUGUAGAAUCUUUGUCAGAGGCCAGUACGACUUCAAGUCUUGAGGAAGCCGCUGAAUUUACUGAACAUCUCCUUAAGGAUGCUGCCGAUGCUUCACACAGUCUGGAAGAUGCUGCCACCUUGUUGCAGACACUUGACAGAGCAUCAGUUGCUAAGGAAGAUGGUUCCUCUUCUUUGGACCAUUAA